AUGCCAGGGCCCCCUUCAUUCGGAUCACAGCCUCUACAACCGCCUGCCCCUGCACCCAGUGCCGUCGAAUCUGAUCACAGCGGUCUGGUCCGACGCCUGGAGGCCAACUCCGGAGCGGCUUUCGUCAGGAACCUCGGCCUCAAGAUUGACCCUACAAAAGCGCCUAAGCUCAAUCUCUUUGGAUGGAAUAUUGGAGCCAGGCAACUCUCUGCUCAACUAAGUGCUGUUUCUUCUCCGCUGCCUAUCGUUGAGAUCACCUCGCUGGAACAUAUGAGAUCUUUGUCCCAGGUUUAUUUCGAGAAGGUUGACCCAUGCUACGGGUUCAUCGAUCAUGAGCAGUUUUAUGAAAAGCUGACUACAAGAUGGGAGACGCCUCAGACACCAAGCAUAUAUGAUAGUAUUCUGGGUGGCGUUGCCGCUAUUGGGUGUUUAUUUUCUCAACGAAACGCCACAAUCACCGAAUUACACCUGGUUCGCUCAGCUCGUGCCUGUCUAGACAACUUUCAUCUCUGUGGUCCUCCGCCUAUAGACCUUCUGAUCGGUUGGGUGCUUCGGGCAAGCUAUCUUCGAAUGACAGACUCACCGCAUUCAACAUGGAUAGCCAGCUCCAUGUUGAUGCAUCUUGUGGAAGCCUCAGGGCUUCACCCUGAAUCACCAUCGGUUCUUCUACCAAGCGCACAAUGUGACCCAGAUACCAAGAGAAGGAUCGUCGGCGUCGCGCAUCAUCUGAAUGCGUGGACUUCUUUCGACCUUGGACUUUCCCGAGUUUCUUUUCGCACCGACGAUCUGCCCUUGCUGCCAGCACCGAGGCCGGGCGACUACACAGCUGAGGUCCUGGGUCUCCUCCCGGUGUCAGUCAGUCUAGACCCUGGAAGGCUGAAGGAUGAGACAGAUCUCACGUCCAAACUUUCUAAAGUUGUGGAAGGUGUUCACACCAAACCACCAUCGGUCCUGGCACAGUGCAACCUGGUGCUCUGCAUUCUUCGACGCAUCCAUACACAAAACCUCGACAUCUCUCCAAACCUAGUAGAGCAGGUAUUGGCUCUGUUGAAGAAAGGACUUGGCUGCGCUCGGACUAUGGUUAUAGAGUGCUGUCCAUGGCACCAGGUAGCGAACGUGCCCUUCCAAAUAAUCUGCGUCCUCCUUGUCAUGGAUACGCGAUCAUCUCUUGUGAUGCUAAAAGAGGCAAUGGAAACCUUAAGUCUCGUUGCCUCUACGUAUGAUACGGAAGUAAUGAGGGAGGCGUACAGUACGGCAUGUCUUUUGGUUCUUUUACACCAGCAACGUAGGAAGGACGACAUAGCCAUCCUCGGCGAGGCCUUGAACGUCCACCACCAGGAGCGACAGAUAGCGCCAACACCCCAAAUCAGUCCCAGUGCCGAGGAUUAUUCCUGGCUGGAAGCACUAGUUGCUGACUUGCCCGGGCUUCAACGGAUCGACAUUGAUCAAUUCCUUCAUGCGGAUUUAAUCGCUGGUUCUUCUUUUAUGGGCGGAUCAGAGUGA